AACACUGCGGUCCCUCCUUUCACCUCAUGUCCUAGGAAUAAUGGAAUCUAAAGAAGAACAAGCGGUAAAAAAUCUCAACGUGGACAAUGCCCGACAGAAAAACGAAGGAGAGGAGCAGGCCUCCAUGCAGAAUGAAGAGGAAUCUGGCCGUUUGGGAGGGGACAAAGGCCAGAAGUCUGGUGGAAAUGUCAAGCGGGGUCGUGUUAGGCGACUUGUCCCUAACUUUCGAUGGGCCAUGCCUAAUAGGCAUACUGAUCACAAUGAAGUGGGAGAUGAUGUAGAAAGGUUUGUAGGGCAGGAGAUGGAAAUCAAGAGGAAGACUAGGGACCAGCAGUUGAGGCAAUAUAUGCGCUUCCAAACUCCGGAACCUGACAAUCAUUAUGACUUUUGUCUUAUACCUUGAAUGCUAAGAUUUUCCCUGAGGUUAAUAACUUUGCCGCUACUUUACAGGCUUGUAUUUUUGUGAUUUAUUUUUCCAUUAACCUUUUGGCAUUUCCAUUUACAGUUUCUAAUUGAAUAUUGUAAUUAUUUUGUCUCAGUUUAAAAGUUUCUAUCAGCAUGGCAAGUUCACCCAUUUUCAGAAAAAAUGUGGUUUUCAUAAUUUGAAAUUAAUAAAAGAGCUUAAAAAGA